CUCGGAUAUCGAACGAGACCCUCAAAGAGGAUUGUAAAUGUAGAUACCGCGCCAGGGUUAUGGUGCAGUGCAAGCCUCAUUCAGGAGACAAGUUUGUCUCUGUUUGCGUGUAAGGCUUGUGAAGUAGCACAGCCUACACAAAAUCGGCUCAUGGAACCUCAUUCCCUUGCUCUCAUUACCGCUUCUACACUAGACCCGCGUCACCAUUCGCACCUCCAUGGCACCCACGCUCGACGUGCACAGCCUCUACCGUUACAGCAUAAUCUCAGACGCCCCUUUAAGGGUCUAGCCCAAAGCCUAGCGCGCUUAUUGCCGCAGCUGAGGCAGAUUAGUCAGCGCUUGCGUAGGAUUGCACCUAAUGGCACUGCGGACGGCAACCCUGUGCGGCCUCUGCGAACUGCCGUCGCGAACGUCGACCCUGAUGCCUGCACUGCCCCAGACUUGUCUUUUCCAGCCCCAACGUUGCAAACCCAAAUCCAACCCAAACGCUUGGCGCGGUGGCGAGCCUGCUGCAGAGUCCAGUUCUUCAGGUUACGAAACAGACAACUUGACCAUUGCCAGAAGCAGCAACGAAAGGAGCAAGAGGAGCAGCAGCAGCAGCCGCUGCAGCAGCGGGUAGAGGAGCAACAGGACCAGCAGCAAUUGGACGCUCCCUCGCACGGCCCCUGCACGCAAGUUAGCGUCCACCCUCUACACCGACACGCGCACGGUACGCAGCGGUACGGGCCGCUACGGCAGCUGCGGCGCGUCUUACGGCUCAUGGGAAGUCAAUUACGUCCAGUGGGCCCAGGUGGCAACGACAGGACGGUUUCGGAGCGGCUCCUUAAUGUGGCCACGUGCGGCAUGUUCUUCCAGGCGGGCGGCAAGAUUGUGCGCCUCUGCAGCUCUCUCGCCGCGCGGCGCUUCGGCUGGGCCUUCAUCGCAGUGGGCGCCAUCGCCACACUGUACCAUGGGUCGGUGGGUCGCCUGCGGCCGCUAGCGCGCAAGGUGGACUACUACUCCAUCGCGCUGGCCAGUCUGCUGCUGCGAGCCGCGGUGGUGGGCCCGGCGCCUCGCUGGCUGGGUGGCGUCAUGCUGGCCGCCACACCCUUCAGACCCACCCUGGUGUCGGGCUGCAAUUUCAUGGCGGUGGAGGAGGAGCACACGCCGCUGCUGGCGUGGUUCCCCUUCACGCACGCCGCCUUCCACACGCUCUCCGCCGCCGCCUUCCUGACACUGCCAUCCGCGCUAGACCACAUCACAGCCUCCGCCGCAGCGUGAGGCAGGCCAGGAGGUGGCAGCGAGCGAUAGGGAAAGAAGAUGAAGAAGGUGUACGUUUCAUGCUGUGAACGCUGGUGGCAAAUGUUGGCAGCGAGAGGAGAGGAUGUGGGUCAGGGCAUGUGGGUGGUGAUGAGGUGUGUACGACGGCUAUGUUGCAGUACCUAGGGCCUGACUUGUACCAGGUAGUAAGCAGGCAAUGCGGUGAGCUUCUGCUGGGUUGGGCGAGAUGAGCGAGGUGGGUUGGGUGAGCAGCGGGGGGCAGACUUUGGGACGAUGGGUGGAUGGGCGGUAUGCAGCAUCAACAGGUGGCAGGAUACCGGUAUGGCUGGACUACCGGUAUCGGCGUGGCACCGGUAUUGUGGUACGGGUGAAGAACUGUGUGGGCGAUGUGGGCUGGGGGCGCAGUGCGCUGGAAUUUCCUGUGACGAAAAGGGUAUUAUACCGGUUUAUGUUUAUGUCUUCGGCGUUGGCUGGCUGGCUAAAGGAUGUUUCGUGAGGAUGCCGUACCUCAUGGCCGACUGCGAUUCAUCGGACUUGGGGACCGCAUGCGGUAGCGGCCAGUAUUCUUUUCGGGUUGCACUGAGCCGCCGGCGCGGCGCCCUAUGAUAGGGAACUUGGGUUAUUGCACCCUAAGGGAUGCGGUCGAAGUGACUAGUUGCGGUAGAUAUUUUGGGUUUACAGGUGCUGGGAUGGCACUGUGUUCAGGAUCGGCAUGACAGGGACGUCAGACCGUGGUUAUUGUUUCCCUGUAGGAAGUCUAGGCAGGGAUUUGUGCGUAUUAUCCUCGACGUUGUGGCACACAUACUGUAUACUAAUUAUUGUUAUGCCCUUAAUAGCUUGUUGGUCGACUGAGCUAUCUCGCUGGCCUGUGGCCCUGUACAGUAAGACGUGAGCUCGGCAGCGUGUGUUUAUGCAUGGCCUGCAUUUGGGUCAAUGAGAAUCUUUGACGACUGUGGCUGGUAUGGGCUGUUUACGUGGUUGUCCACAGCGUGGCUCCAGUGAGCCUUUGCUUUUUACGAGGCCUCAAGUUUACAUACUUGUGACAGACGUAAACCGUUACAACCGGUUUGGUUUUAGUUGUGUUAGGUUUCAGGUGUGCAAGACGUUACCCUGUCACGUAAUACACCAGGAUUUUGUGGCAAGGCCUGACGCGGCACCCUGAUAGUAUGCUGCAUGCACCCUUACAAGCUUACACAUGUGGACAUGACUUGCCCCGUGCAUUAGUUUGCAUGCGCCGUUAGCGUUACUGUUAUCUAUUGUUCGUUAUUUGGGGAACACCCAUGGGUUGCCGAUGGACAUGCCGAGGAAGCGGCGCAGGGGUUAGUUGGCACUCCAGCUCACUCCGGACUGUUAAUGUUGAUAAGUUGGACGAUGCAGCAAGGCUUGUAACAUGACU